GCUCGCUAGACAAUGCUUUGUUCACUUUCUUCACUGCUGUUAUAAUCAAUUGAUAUAGAUAACAUACGAAUCAACAUGUUGUAUGGUGUCUUGGGCUUAGGAGCCGUCUCCUUCAAGCCUGAAAAGGAUAUUCCUGAUCUUUCUGGCAAAGUCAUUCUUGUCACAGGCGGUACCGAUCCCUGUCUCCCACAUUAUUUAACUAUCUUUCCCUUCGACUCUCUUUCCCCUCGACUCUCUUUCUUCCCGACUCAAUGCUAACUAGUUCUCUCAGGGAACAUCGGUUUAGGUCUCGAAACUAUCCUCCAGUUGUCUAAACAUAAUCCGUCGCACAUUUAUCUCGCCGCACGAUCUGAAUCUAAAGCCACCGCGGCAAUCAAAGAAAUACAAUCCAAAGUCCCAAAUGCGCCCAUCACAUUUCUUCAAUGCGACCUUACCUCCCUUCCAUCAGUCCAAGAAAGUGCCAAACAGUUCAAUACUAAAGAGUCCCGUCUUGAUUUAUUGAUUCUGAAUGCGGGGAUCAUGGCGGUUCCAGCUGCGAUUACAGAACAAGGCUAUGAAAUCCAAUUUGGGACAAAUCAUGUCGGACAUGCUCUUUUGACAAAAUUGCUGCUUCCCACAUUGUUGAAGACGGCAGAGCAAAAGGACGCCGAUGUGAGGAUUAUCUCACUGAGUAGUGUGGGUCAUACAAUGGGUCCUGUUGGAGGUAUCAAAUUCGACGAUCUAAAAACGGAUAUGAAUAGUUAUACGACAAUGUCUCGAUAUGGACAAUCAAAGCUGUCGAACAUUCUUUUCGCCAAAGGAUUGAACAAGAGGUAUGGCGAGAAAGGUAUCACAGCUGUGUCUGUUCAUCCAGGAGUAGUCAACACAAAUUUGUAUGCGACCGCCUUUGAGAAAUAUGGAGUUCUCGGUAAAUUCGCGGGGUUAGUAAGAAACUUGGCUUUUACAAGUAUGGCUGAUGGCGCAAAGAAUCAACUCUGGGCUGCCGUGGCAAACAAGGGCGAUGCAAAAGGCGAAGUCGUGAAAGGGGAAUACUACACACCUGUAGGGAUUUCUGGCAAUGGGAAUAAGUACGCGGAAGAUGAGAAGAUGGCGGAUGAACUGUGGGAGUGGACUGAGAAAGAGCUGGAAGGGUAUAAGAUUUGAGGACCGACCAUAAACAUUCACUCGUGGGUUGUUUUGUUCAUUUUGCCAGUUCCACUGGAAAAUGCUCAUAGACUGUGUAUUAUAUUUCCCGUCUCUAGUUCGCAAACCAUUUUUUUAUAAGAAGGUUCAAAGUCUCCGGAUCAAAGUAUAGCCAGAAGAUCUCCUCUACAACGAUAUAUUCUGGUUCGAGACAAAGGGAGUGAACAGACCCUAUCCGUGAUCUGGUCCACGAGGUCAUUGCAUAAAAAAAUCUUUGGAAUGUAUCGGGACAAUUUGAAGAUUCUU